AUGGAGUGGCUGCGAAAGCUGACUGCGGCUGACGCAAAAGUGGCAACGCAUCGAAGGAUGCGGGAGGAGGCUCCCCGCGGCGCGUCCCGCACCAUAGAGGUGCCUGGACAGAAGAGAGACAAGGCUCAGACGCUGCUGAAGGACCAGCUGGAGUUUGUGAGGCAGAAGCAGCCCGAUGGCACCACGCGCUACACGCUCAAGCCCCUGGAGGCCGAGUUCUCCUUCGACAAGGGCUUCUUCAUGUUCAUCCGCGCCAUCCAGCUGCUGACCCAGCAGAACAAAGACACCACCGUGGUGGGCCUGGCAGGCCCCUCUGGCUCCGGCAAGACCGCCUUCUCCGAGAAGAUCAAGUCAUUCAUUCCCGGCUGCGCCCUGCUGUCCAUGGACAACUACAACGACGGCACCAAGGUCAUCGACGGCAACUUUGACGACCCUCGCAUCACCGACUACGACACGCUGCUGGGCAACAUCCGGGACCUGAAGGAGGGGCGUGCCACGCAGGUGCCCAUCUACGACUUCAAGGAGAGCCGCAGGGUGGGGUACCGCACGGUGCAGGUGCCCGACUCGCGCGUCGUCAUCGUGGAGGGCAUCUACGCCCUCAACACCCGCCUGCGCUCGCUGCUGGACCUGCGCGUCAGCAUCACCGGCGGCGUGCACUUCGACCUGGUCAAACGUGUGCUGCGGGACAUCAACCGCUCGGGGCAGGCGCCAGAGGAGAUCAUCCAGCAGAUCAGCGACACUGUGUACCCGAUGUACAAGGCCUUCAUUGAGCCCGACCUCAAGGCCGCCCACCUGCGCAUCUACAACACCUUCAACCCCUUCUCGGGCUUCAUGUCCCCCACCUACAUCCUCAAGUCGGCGCGCCAGGUCACCAAGGAGGACGUGUGCAGGGUGCUCAAGUCCUUCCAGACGGUGACCGAAGACCUCAAGCGCAGGUUUGCGGUGAACGGGGAGCCGCUGAUCGACGAGCAUUUGGUGGGCAGCCUGAGCCGCGGCGCCAGCCCGCACUGGAGCAACGACGCCUACAAGCGCCAGACCGGCUUCCAGCUGCCGCCGGGCGCGCUGCAGCUGUCCUCGUCUGCCCCUAGCACGGCCAUGCACCUCAUGUCGCCGGUGCGCCCCGCGGCGCGCGGCUCCAGCAGCGGCGCGCGCCCCGCCUCCUCCGCCUCCUCCCGCGGCGGCGGCCUGCUGAGCCAGCAGAUGGCGGAGGCGCCGGCGGGGGCGGGCCCGCUGUCCGCCGCCCAGGCCAGCGCGGCUGUGUACAUCAACGGGCACGCCUCGGGGGGGCCCGCCCGCACCGCGGGCUCCACCUACGAGCCAGGCAGCCGCAGCGGGGCGCACACGCCCGAGGACUUCCCCGGCACGCGCAACGGCAGCAAGCCCGCCAGCCCCAAGGCGCUGGAGGCGCAGGUGGCCAAGCUGGUGCAGGGGCAGCAGAUGCUGAGCAACCAGCUGGAGGAGCUGGCCCUGCAGAUCAGCCUGGCGCAGAGCGGGCUGGGCGCGGCGCCACGCCCCGCGCAGCAGCAGCCACAGCAGCAGCCGCAGCAGCCUGCAGCGGGGCUCUGGCAGCAGCUGCGCGGCGUGGGCAGGGGCAGCAGGCUGCCGCCGGCGGCCUGGGCGGCGGCGGGCGCGCUGGCGGGCGCCGGCACCACCCUGCUGCUGGUGCACGGCCGGGGGUGA